AUGGACAACACAGACACAUAUUUAUUUAAUUAUAAAGGCUACAAUUUUGAGAAACCUUUAGUGAAAAUUGGAGAUCUAGAAAAUAUGGAAGAUUUUGAAAUAAGAGAUGAUGAUGUCUUCAUAAUUACAUACCCCAAAUCUGGUACCAUCUGGACCCAGCAGAUACUCAGCUUGAUUUAUUUUGAAGGACACCGAAACAGCACUGAAAACAUCCAAACACUGGAUAGAGCACCAUUCUUUGAGUACAAUAUUCAUAAUGUGAACUUUGACAAGAUGCUGUCCCCUCGAGUCCUUACUUCUCACCUUCCAUAUUACUUAGUACCAAAAGGUCUCAAGAACAAAAAAGCUAAAAUUCUUUAUAUCUACAGAAAUCCUAAAGACAUUCUGACUUCCUAUUUCCACUUUUCAAAAUGGUUGGUUACAUUAGAAGCUACACACACCAUAGAACAUUUUAUGGAAAAGUUUCUGGAUGGAAAAGUUGUAGGAAGUCGGUGGUUUGAUCACAUCAGAGGCUGGUAUGAGCACAGACACAACUUCAAUAUUCUGUUCAUGAGGUAUGAAGACCUGAAGAAGGACCUCAGAAGCUCAGUGCUUAAAAUCUGCAGUUUUCUUGAGAAAAAACUGAGUGAAGAAGAUGUGGACACAGUUGUGAGACAAGCUACAUUUCAGAACAUGAGAUCUGACCCACGAGCAAAUUAUGAUGAUAUCAUAAAAAAUGAAAUUGGGACAAGAAAUGAGGGGAAAUUCCUACGCAAAGGGACCAUUGGAGAUUGGAAACAUCAUUUGACUGUGGUACAGAAUGAAAGAUUUGACAGCAUAUUCCAGAAAAACAUGAAAAACUUUCCAUUGAAGUUCAUCUGGGAUAUGAAUGAGGAAUAG